AAAAAAAUGUUUUGAGCGACUGAUGCUAAGAAACACAUUUCAGUUUGAAUAAUGUGUUCGAUUCUCACUUUUUAUAAACUAACCCAACGAGCUAGGCCGUUAAAAAAUUCAAUUUACUUCAAUGAACGUUACAAUAAAUAUCUAUUUCCGGGUCAUUUGAUCCAGACAAGGAAUCAUUCUUCAACCAACAACAAAACACCGAGGUGGUCUGAAUGGAGUGGGGUGUUCACCAAAUUCAUCCCAGUUGGCGUAUGUCUCAUAGCAGUGAUGCAAUGGAGGGCGUUUCGAAGAAAAAGCCAAGAUAGAGUAGCCACAGAACUAGAAAUCAAAUGUUACUGUUUAUUGCCCCUGAGAACAGUAUCAAGAUGUUGGGGCUGGAUGGCAGAUGUAAAGUUACCAGAAGUAUUGAGACCUUAUGUAUAUAGCAUGUAUAUAAACAUGUUCAAAGUGAAUCUCUCAGAGGCUUUGAACGAAGAUUUGAAGUCAUACUCGAGUUUGGCGGAUUUUUUUUCAAGGCAAAUAAAACAAGAUGUUAGGAAAAUCGACCAGGACAGUUGCUUGGUAUCACCAUGUGACGGAACUGUUCUGCAUUUGGGACCAGUUCACCACAAUGAAGACAUUGAACAGGUGAAGGGUAUAACGUAUAAGUUACCCAGUUUUUUCGGAGAAAACACCUGGAAUAGUAGAAGGGAACAGAGUCGGGAUUACAGGUCCUCUCUUUUACACAAUAAGAAGGAUUGCCCUCAAUUAUACCAAUGCGUUAUCUACUUAGCACCCGGUGAUUAUCACAGAUUUCAUUCUCCUGCCAACUGGAAACCUACGCAUAGGAGACAUUUCCAUGGUGAACUCUUAUCUGUCAAUCCUAAAAUUGCCAAAUGGAUUCCUGGACUCUUCUCAAUAAACGAAAGAUCAAUUUACCUUGGAGAAUGGGAACAUGGCUUCUUCUCUUACACUGCAGUUGGAGCCACGAAUGUGGGUACCAUCAAAGUGUAUUUCGACAAAAACCUGCAAACAAACUGCUCAACAAAGACCCCAAAAUGCCGUGAUGUUUGUUUUGGCAACUCUCUCGAACUCAAAAAAGGUGAUAUCGUAGGGGAGUUUAGAAUGGGUUCGACAAUCGUGUUGGUCUUUCAAGCUCCUCCAGAUUUUCAAUUCACCGUCAACCCUGGUACCAAAAUAAAGAUGGGACAGAGCUUGGGAUGUGUGGAACAAAGAAAACAAGUUGAUAAGGUAUAAGGUUAUCUUGUGAACAUAUCUAAUAACAUACUGAGAAUCGGGUGAACUGUUAGCAGCCUACAAACCUUGAGAACUUCAAUUGUAAUCUUUUCUCUACCUCAUUUGUUUGAAUGAACAACCAUCAAUAACAAUAAUCUGAUUAGGAACAUUCUAGGUAUUAGGUACUGCUUUGUAUAUGUAAUUGCUGAAGAGCUACUGUUUACUCUAUUCGAAGUUGUCCAACGUUUACAAUAGUUUUUACUGUGAUGUCAACUAGAACCAUUAUUGUCACUUUUAUAAAGUGUAAUGUACGUAAUGAACAUUUCAAUGUGAUAUUUUGUAACUGUUAAGAUCAGUGCAAAUUAGAAAUAUUUUUGCAUAACUCAAUGAUUUCAACCUUGGAAUUAGAUCGACUUUUGUUGCAGACGAAACCUCAAUGGAGAACUCUGUAAUUUUAAAUUCGAACCUGUUGAAUUGAAUAAUGUCAUGGACCUGUAUGGAUACAUGCGCGAAAUUGAAAGACUUAACAAUUAAUUUGUGCAAUUUUGAUUAAAUUAUGGAUACCUCGUUUGAAACAAGGCAGGUCUUCAAGUUUCAUUGGGGUUUCAAUUCUGUUAUUCUUGUCAUUGUUCAUGUUGUAAAGAGAAGGAAAAAUCUGUGGAUUUUUCGAGAUUAUAUUUUAAUUGUUGAGUUUUUGAAAGUGUGGAUAAAUAAUAAAAUGUUGAUGCUUAUGA